AGUCCAGCCCAGAGGCGUUUGAGGAGACACUUGUGGCUUGUUAAUUGCCCGGAUAGACAGCAAACGAGUAACCCGGCUUCCAGAAUAGCCAGCAGGAUGGUGGGGAAGUUCUGUUGUGAGAGAGUAAGGAGGCUGAGCGUAUAAAUUUCACCAGAGAGCUGCAACUUCUUUAAAAGCUGGUGUUUUUUCGAUGCAUGUUGCUUCAAGAGUAUUUUUUUUAAAAAGAAGAAGAAGAAUUUAAACAAAUCCAAGAUUAAUCUUAGAACAGCAGGAGGAAACCAAGAAGUCUGGUGUUGAUUUGAUUUGAGGGGUUUUUUUUUUUGGUAAGCUGCUGUUAUGCAAAAUUGACCCAAGGGAACAAAAGGAAUAUUUAACAAAUAUGCUGCGCACAAGGUUUUUCCUAGGAGUCCUUGGAUCGUUUCAUUAGAAACUUUGACCUCUUUGGGGUUUUUUUUGUAUUUAACAAGUGGAUUUUUCCAGUGAAAUGGUACAGCCUUUCUUUAUUUUUUCUUAAUCAAGGCUGUUUGAAACAGUGACUAUCUAAUCCAAGGCCACAAUGUUUUGUCUAAGGUAGCACUUGGCUUAAAACGUGAUUUUUUUCCCCAAGGCCUUUUUCUUCCAUUUGCUAUUUGUCUGGCUUUUGAAGAAGAGAACCAUGAAGAUUUUUCAGAAUAUUAUGAGCGAUCGCUCAUUUGGUAGUGCAACUUGGAAGUGGCACAUUCAGGACCCAGCAAGCCAGCGGUUGACGUGGAACAAACCUCCCAAGAGCGUCCUUGUUAUCAAAAAAAUCCGCGAUGCUAGUCUCCUACAGCCCUUUAAAGAUCUCUGCAUCUAUCUCUCAGAGGUGAACAGCAUGAUCGUUUACGUUGAGAAAAAGGUGCUAGAAGACCCAGCCAUUGCAAACGAUGACAGUUUUGGACCAGUGAAGAAAAAGUUUUGCACCUUCAGUGAAGACUAUGAUGAUAUCUCCAACCAGAUAGAUUUCAUCAUCUGCCUGGGAGGCGAUGGGACUUUGCUCUAUGCUUCUUCGCUCUUUCCGGGCAGUGUGCCUCCGGUUAUGGCUUUCCACCUGGGAUCACUUGGAUUUCUUACCCCGUUCAAUUUCGAAAACUUCCAGUCUCAGGUCACUCAGGUUAUAGAAGGCAAUGCGGCACUUGUUCUCCGAAGCAGGCUCAAAGUGAAAGUUGUCAAGGAACACCGAGAAAAGAAAACCAUGAUCCAGAAUGGGAUUGAAGAAAACGGAGUAAUGUCUCCAAGUCUAGAGAAGGAAAUGUUCAAACAAGUCAUGCAAUAUCAGGUCCUGAAUGAAGUUGUAGUAGAUCGGGGCCCUUCAUCGUAUCUUUCCAACGUGGAUGUCUUUCUAGACGGGCAUCUGAUCACCACAGUGCAAGGAGACGGAGUCAUCGUCUCCACCCCGACUGGUAGCACAGCCUAUGCGGCCGCGGCAGGAGCCUCGAUGAUCCAUCCGAACGUUCCAGCGAUCAUGAUCACCCCCAUCUGCCCACAUUCACUUUCCUUCCGGCCCAUCGUGGUUCCAGCUGGAGUCGAACUGAAGAUCAUGUUGUCUCCAGAUGCCAGGAACACUGCGUGGGUUUCAUUCGAUGGACGGAAGAGGCAGGAAAUCUGCCACGGCGACAGUAUCAACAUCACUACCUCUUGCUACCCUCUCCCUUCAAUCUGUUUCCAAGACCCCGUCAGUGACUGGUUCGAAAGCCUAGCGGAAUGUUUGCACUGGAACGUUCGGAAGAAGCAAAAUAACUUCACUGUUGAUGAGGAAGAAGAAUUUUAAGCCUUGGCGCUAGUGGACACUCGUGGGGGAGCCAUCAAGUGGCAGUUCCCCCGUGCUGUACAAAGUGUAUUUUUAAGCCCGUAGCUACAUGGGAGUAGACCAAUAUAAUAUAAAUAUAUAUAUUUACAUAUAUAUAUAUUUAAGACGGCGAUGUACCUCAUAUCAGUCUGUUCUGCUGAUGACCAGAUACCAUGUUUCCUGUCUGUUGGGAGGGCAUUGCGGCAAGAUUAGAAAGCAGAGGGAAGUGCUUCUAGUCAGGCAGAUAAGAGUUCUUUGUUUGUUUGUCAAUGUGCCGUGUGUGUUUUGAAUAACUUGUUUUCUAAGUGAGGACUUUGGAGGAAGCCUCGUUAAAAGAAGUUCCUUGGGCUUGUAUUUGCAAAUCCCAUAAAUUCUCAGUUGGUCACAAUUUUGAGGCUUCGGAAGAUGUAUGAUCAGAAUGAAGUGGCACUAAAAAGAAAGUGUUUCCUUUUGCUUGUCAAAUACGUGAUUCUGUGCACUUAGAAAAGAUCAUCCUUGUAGCAAAACAAAGAGGAUAGAUAGCAAUACGUUGUCUGCUUUACAUUUGUUUUCCUUCCUCCUCAAAGUGGAAAAUGUAUUCUUGGAACAGUUUUUGUUUGUUUUUAUGGUCUCUGUAAUUUUUUGUGGUCACCGUAAUUCUUUUCUCAUUGUCAUCAGUGACCAUAGUUCAUACUAACUUCAUUAUACCACCUAGUAAUGAAUGACUGAAACAAGCAGUUCCGGAAGCUUUUUUUGGCUUCACAGAGAGAACUACUGAGCUGAACCUUCCAGGUUCUGCUCUGGCUGUGAUGCACCGUUUAAAAGAUUGUGACUUCUCAGGGGCUUCUCCCAUUAGGUUUGAAAGACACAAAAGCAUUUUUGGGACUCUAGAGAUGCUGUUAGUGACACAGUAAGCUCAAAUGGGGAAAUGUAUACAAGAGCAUUUAUGUGCUCUUACACAAGUCCCUCUUGUUUCAGCAGGACAGGCAAGAGAGGAAAUGUUCCUGGUAAAUUAUGCAAAACUCAUGAAACCGUCAUGAGAUGAACUCAGCUUGCUGUGUGGAAGAAGGCACCUGAGAAAUGCUAGGAUUAAACUUUUUUUUUUUUAAAAAAAAAGUUCCAUGUUCUCACACUACAGUUACUGCAGUUUCCUGCUCUGGCUGGAGCAGUUUUUGCUCACGUGGAUGGCUUCUCUGAUGAGCUGCCCUACAAAUGUCGGGAGCACUUUUAGAGGUACCACCAGGGAAAGGGAAGGGGCAGGAAGUAGAUGUGGUAGAGGCUUAGAAGUUCAAGUCUGUGCAUGGGGCUUCCCCUGUCCAGUCCUUCAGUUUUGAGUCCUGCCCUAUGGAUUUCUGCAAGAACUAGCAGGGAAUGGUGACUUCCUUGUGGACCUACCUCAUGCAGAGGCAUUAUGUCAUCCUACAAGCAGCCUUGAGAGGUGUGGUCCAGGAUCACAACUAUUGCAUAAACUAUCUUGCCAACCUCCUCUUGGAGCUUUGCAUGUGUGUGGCUAUUCCAAUGCUGCGCCUGCAUUAGAGGAGAGAGCGUCUUCUGUAUCUUUAAAACACUAUGGGAGAAACAAGUGCACGUUUAAUGCCCCAGCUGGGGGAGGCUGAUCUCAGCUUAGAGAUCCCCGUUAGGAGCACCAGCCUGCUUGCGUGUGGCUGUCUUCUAUACCAUGGCAACUUUGUACAUAACCUGCUUGGGAUGAGACCCCACAAAAUGCCUCUCACCUCUGUAGCUGCAGUUCAGCUGAUGUGUUCUCUGCUUCGCUAGAAUGAUGAGACCCUCAGGUGACAAAGAGCAUCUCGCCAGCACGUGAGUGUCUGGUGAGAACUAGCAGGAGACAUUCCGAGCGUAUUUGCUCUGGUGCCUUCAGCACACCUUUUUUUAAAAUUAUUUUUCAAAGGUCGUCUUUGUACUUUGUUUUUAAUGCUUCUGUCAUGCGAUGUACGUAUUUUUAAAACUGUACAUGGCUUUUUAUGAAGAUAGGUAAAUGGGUACGAAUGCAGGAAGUUUGUACUGCAAAUAGUUUUCCUCCUCAGCUCCACAACAACGAUCGGUCACCUGGCUGGGUGUACACGUAAAGGGGGAUGAUCGGGUCAAGUUUCAAGGUGGUGGGACGGACUUUCUAGCUUCAGAUUACUGCAGGAGGGGUGACAUUGUUGAGUGAUACAUACAGGCUGAUUCCGCACAUGUUGGAUAAUGCACUUUCAGUGCACUUUAUCAAUCAUUUGAGGUGGAUUUUUUGUCCCACACACGAAAAAAUCCGUUCCAAAUGAUCUAUAAAGAGGAUUGGAAGUGCAUUAUCCAACGUGUGCGGAAUCACUCACAUUCUCUCUCGCUCUCUUUCUCUCUCAAUCACUGCAAAUAGAUACUGACACUCUGGGGAGCAAGGUUGGCACAAUGGGGCAUCUGCCAAGGCAGGGCUCACUACCACCAGGGAAAUUUGACAUCCUCUGGGAAGCUAGGAGUUGGAGGUCUCCCCAGAGAUGCCAAAGAAGACUCUGGGGAAAUCUCCCAUUUUGUGGGGCGCUGGAUAGAGCAAAGUGUGACUCGCAUGUUCUUUUUUUAGCCCAUUGGAUAUUCAUGGAUCGUAGCAUCAAAGAGGCCCACUCUGCCCCUCAUCCAGGAGGGAGUGUGCGUGUGCAUAUUUGAGGACUUCUACCUCAGUUGCUGCCACCCCCUCCCAGUUUGGACCCAGCCCUGUCAGUGAAAGAGUAUCCAUCUUCCCUCUACGGUGUGCACAUUUGAAGGGCAGGACAUUUUCUUCCUUUCAGAAACUUUUAUCUCCUUCCUGCAUUCUGAAGUUGCACUGUCUGUCCUCCCACCCCACGACUCUGCUACCGUCUCCAGCUUCAUAUGUACACCAGGCCAGCAACAGUUUACAUUUUUUGUUUAUUAUGCUUUCCCCCAACACUGACUUCUUCCCACGCCACCCUAGAUCCAAACAGUAAGACACAGUUGACUUCUGUGGAGUUCUUGAGAGAAACGGACAUUGUUGGCUAGGCUUGAAGCCCAGGGUGCAGAUUUUUUGGAUAGAAAAGAAAGAAGGGAGGAGAAAACACCACGUGCAGCUAAAGGGUCACUCGGUUGUUUGGGGGCUGUCUGAACAAUGAGGAGAUAACAGGGCAAUGUAGUUUACCUGCUUUCCCCCCAUUCAAAUUGUUCUGUGAAAGUUUCUCGUCAUCGUUUUCCCCUCUUGUCCUUGUCUGUUUGAUUUUUGUGAAGAGCAACUCUCAACCGUAGCGUCAACUUGCACUAAAAUGGCACAUGUGUAUUAAAGUGAGGCUUGUAAAUAUCUUGUGAAUGUUGGUUUUGAGUUGUCUCUUUUUCUUGUUUUAAUUGGUCUGUACAAGCCAAACGUGGUGAGCCCCACCCUGUGGAAGGAUAUUCAGUGAGCUGUUCAGAUCUCUGUUUUCACUUGAAUUUUAUGGUAUGAUUGUGCGCUAUCACUGUGACGGUGUUUUUAAAAAACGAAUUUCUUAAACAACAGAGUAUUCUCUGGUUUGGAAGAGAAGUCUUACUUCCAGAGCUGUAGAAAUGGAGCUUUGCUUGAUUAGAAAAACUUUUUUUUUUCUCUUAAAUGCAAUAAUUAAGAAAAGGAACAGGGUAAACCUCUUUGUUGUUUUUUUAAUUGUCUGUAUGAAGUACCGUUGGUUUGAGCAGAGGGGUUAGUAGAAAAGGCAGAAAGGUGAAGAGGAAGUGAAAUAAAAGGAGGUUUAGAAGAUUGGGGGCGGUUAGAAGACAGCUACAAAAAUUCACUUUAAAAAAAUGUAACUAAUAGAGAAUUUUUCAGGUUGUGAAGAAAUUCUGAUUUUUUUUUCCUAAAUAAAGAUUUUAUAUAUUGUCUUCCCUAAGGAAAUUUUCCUUUAUUCCUUGGUCCAGAUGAAGUCACUUAAAUAAUACAGCCUCAUUAGUCAUAAACAACUUUCCUGCUGAUCAAAACAUCUUUCCAUUUCCAUUUUGGCCCGAAACUAGAGUGGUUAGAGCCUAAUCCCUUUGCAAGGACAAGCAUAAGAAUAGCAUUUCUCAUCUUUUGCAGCCCGUUUUAACUGCAACUGUUGCUUCAGCUCUUUCUGAGCUGCACUUUUGCUUUAAAGCACUUCAUCCAACUCUGUUCUGGUCCUCUGGAUCAGGCACUAAGAGCAUCUAUGCUGUGGCAAAGCUUCCCCGAAGUUAACCCAAACUUACUAGUGUCCCAUCCUGGAGUCAUCUCCUUUUGGAAGGCUGCUUCUGGAAACACUCAGCCUGCCUCGUUGCAACCUGCAGAAACCCAUCUUCCAUUUUGAUAUUACCGAAGCAGCCGUUACUCCUUCUGUUUGGGCCAUGCUCCUUUUCCUGCUGUGGGGCAGGAUUAAAGCCCCCCUCCCCCUGCUUGUUACUUCAGGUAGGAGCAGAGGAUGAGUGCAAAAGACUAGAAGAACUGAUGGAGAAGUAUUGGUAGCAAAGUUGGGUUCUCUGGGUUGCAACUCUAAUUCAGUGCCGUGUCCUCAGCUAAAAGCGAAUGGUGCUGUUUUGCUUCGUUGUACUUCUCCCUUCUUAUUUUUGCUCUGGUCUGGUUUGCUCUGUUGGGGACUGAAGAAGCAAACUUCUGAGUUAAAUAAGCAACCAGCAUGGACGUGAACGACAACACUGCUUUUGGGAAUCUGGAUUUGAGUCUAGUGGCACUGCAGACAAGAGAGCCUGAAGAAGAGAGCUCUGCCUCUUGAAAGCUGACACCCUGCAACUCUUCUUGAUCUCUAAGGCGCCACUGGAUUCAAAUCCUGCUGUUCUACCGCAGACCAACAGCUACUCACCAAAAACUGUCUUCUGGAAAGCCAGGACCCUUGAUCUUUCAGACAAGAUUUCCGUGCGUGGAUUCACUUGGUUGAGGGAAUAAUUAGUCAGGCAUCUUUUCAUGUGCUAAGGACAUACCACAUGCCUGAAGCUUAUCAGGGGCUUGUUACUUGAAAAGAUGCUGCUGGAGCGACCAUAAAUUUGGGGUUGCGCUCUGGCCCACCUCUUCAGAGGUUGCCCUCCCAUCUUGCAUGCCUCCUGCCUGUGAGGCCUAUCAGCCACCAUCUUUCCUUACGGCACUGUGCACAUGUGUUCCGUUCUCAGCGCCAUAAAACAUGGCUAGGGCAGAGAGGGGGAAGGGAUUGGGUUUGUGUCCCUCUCUUUGAGGAGGAGAGGGUCUGGCUGAUCGAUUCUUACAAUAAGUUACAUCUUUUCAUUUUACACCAUCUGAUGUUGAACGUGGUGGCUUCCAGGAUCCUGAACUUUAUAGAGCAAAUGCCUAAUAUUUCAUAUUGUCAGUGCUUUGAAAACUUGUUAAAUACUGCUGAGAACAUAACUAGUUUCCAGAUC